GCUCCGCGGCCGCCCAGAGCAGCAGCAGCAGGAGCAGCGGGAGCAGCGGGAACGGCGGCGCCAUGAAGGUGAAGAAGGGCAGCGGCGCCGGAGGAGGAGGAGGCGCGCCCGGGGCCGGCGCUGGCGGAGGAGCCGCCGCCGCCGCCGCCGCUUGCACCGAGGAGGAGCUGCUGCGCAAAGCCGCCAUCAGCCCCGAGGACGUGCUGGGGCUCCCCAAGAUCACCUCCGACUACCUCUGCACCCCGGAGGAGAACGUCUACAAGAUAGAUUUCACCCGGUUCAAAAUCCGAGACAUGGAGUCGGGCACGGUGCUCUUUGAAAUCACCAAGCCGCCGGCUUCAGAGCGAGAGCACAGUGACAAGAAGGAUGUCGACCCCAACGCCGGGCGCUUCGUGCGCUACCAAUUCACACCGGCGUUUCUGCGGCUGCGUCAGGUCGGAGCCACGGUGGAGUUCACCGUGGGCGACAAGCCCAUCAAUAACUUCCGCAUGAUCGAGAGGCAUUACUUCCGGGACCAGCUGCUGAAGAGCUUCGAUUUUGAGUUCGGCUUCUGCAUCCCCAGCAGCAAGAACACCUGCGAGCACAUCUACGAGUUCCCCCAGCUCUCCGAAGACCUCAUUCAGGAGAUGAUCCUGCACCCCUACGAGACCCAGUCAGACAGUUUCUACUUUGUGGAUAGCAAGCUGGUCAUGCACAACAAAGCGGAUUAUUCCUACAGCGGGGGACCCUGACGCGGAACCGCCAGGCGCCUUCCCCGCAAAUUCCUGUAGAAAUGGGUUCGGGUUUCCGCCGGCCGGCGUUGGCAUGGAGAGCCAGGAUCCGAGGACCCUGCCAGGAGCUGGAGUUUCGGGACUAAAAUUAGCUGAAGUCGUUAACUGUUCCUUGAGCUGUCGAGGCAACCCCCCCUGCCCACCCCCUCUCCCAGGGAGAGCCUCUUCACACCACUGAGUAACCCCGUAGUUGUGGCUUGAAAUAGCUCCACGUAGUUAACUCCAGGCCAACGAGGUCUGCGGCGUUUCAUACCGGCUAUGGUGUCUCUCUCUCCAUCUCUCUCUCUCUCUCUCUCUCUCUCUCUCUCUGUCUUUGGCCCAGGGGUUUGGUUUUGGUUUUUUGUGUGGAAAACCCACCCCAGACGCUCUCUCCAAGAGAGUGGCGUCCUCGAUGACCCCCUUUUUCUCGGAACCGGUGGCAGGCGGAUGCGAACUCUGAGACGUGCACCUUCCCUCUGGUCGGACGAAGGACCUGUGUGGUCCUCGGGGCAGAGUCCUAACCUCCUGUUCCCAUUUCCUUUGCCCCUUCAGCGUUCUGAGAAGCGGAAGCAAAUCAGGACAACGUUUAGAUAGGUGUGUGGGUUUUUUUUUUGAAGAGGGGUCUUGCUGUGGGAGCCUCUGGCACUUGCAAAGGGCGGCAACUGUGCGUCUCAGGCUGGGUGGGAGCCCAGAUCCCAGAUCACCUCAUUCAGGCCAAUCCCAGGGUCUCCUGGGUGCCCCACCCUUUGCCAUCUCUCUUGGGGGGGUCCUGGAGGCUUGUCACAGAAACGGGCCGCUGGGAUCUAUUGCUCCCAUUGUCAUACUUCCCCACCCCAAGCCCAGCAAAUCUCUGCAUUCCAAUGCCUGAUGUCAUUUGCACUUAGAAAGAUAGCUGUGGGUAUAUUAGACCAGACGGGGUAUUCCUCUUCUGCCAGGCCUCUUCCAUCUUCCGUGCAAAUCCUGGAGAGUUGGGGGUCUCCAGCCCUUUCAUGGGUCUCCCCUCGUCCUCAGCCCCUUCCGCAGACACCUCUUCCUUCCCAUACAGAACUGGCCGACUGAACCCCAACUCCUUACCCCAAACCCAACUUCUUUCUUAAAGGAGAGCCACUCAGACCAGAAUCCUAUAGACGUUCCAGCCAGGGGGGCUUUUUGGGGGGAGAGUAGCCUGCCCUGUUAAUGGGGAUUUGGGGAAUGGGAUUUUCUUAUUUUAAGCACUCUCUCUCUCUCUGUGUGCGUGUGACUUAUUUAUUUCUUUUGGCUUCCUCUCCGUGUGAAUCACCUGGGAAACAUCCCUUCUCUGAAGAUGCGCAAGCCCAAAGGUCAGGGGUCGGAAGCGACUUAGGGUGCUGGGGUGCCUGUGUGGGGCCCAAGCUCUCUGUGGGCAUGUGACUCUCCAGAACGUCCAAGGAGAGGAAGGCGGGGGGCUCAGAAGUCGAAAAUGCAAGCAGCCUUUGGGUGGGAGACAAGGAGUCCCCUUUAUUCCUGGUGUAAUCGUGGAGCCUCCAGGCCACUGGGGUUUGGGUGGGUGUGUUGGCCAUUCUGUAGGGGGCUCUUUAAAUACUAAGCGUGAGUUAAUCGAAACAGCCGUGUGCCGGCCUCCGAAAAGGGGGACUUUACCAGACAGCAGAUUAAGUCCUGUUUCUCACUCACUCUCAGGACGCAGCCUUGUUGAAGCAAGAAGUCCAAACGGAAAAGGCAGAGAGUCUUGUGGAUCUUUGCGUUGUGGUCUCCUGAAAGUUAUGCAGGCAUCACUGGGCCAAGGGGGGGGUGUCAACUGAGGGGGGUUUGGCAGUCCAGAGCAGGAGGUGGGUGGGAAAGCUCUCUCUCUCUCUCUCUCUCUCUCUCUCUCUCUCUCUCUCUCUGUGUGUGUGUGUGUGUGCAUAUCAUCUCUUGGUUGAGUUUUUGACCAGUCACAUGAAUUCCAUUUUUCUAUUUCCAAGCCUAAGUCUGGACCAGGGGCAGAACAUGAGCUGAGACGGUGCUCUUGUUUUAUUUCCGUUCUGCCCUAACUGAAAUGUCAAAAUGACAAUGCAGAAGAAGAGAUGGCAGAACCUGUUUCUGGGGCUCAACCCAAGCGGUUUGCCAUUAGCAAUGAUCACGACAGCAUCUUGCAGCUUGCGGGCAUGAUAAGUGUGCCAGAGUUUUAAGCGCUCAAGGGUGAUCCUUCUUGGCACCUGUCACUUAAGAAAAAGACAAUCUCCUUAUGGAAGAUUGGAGGAAUUACCUUGCAGCCGAACGGAGGCACGCAAAAGACCCUGUCUUCGGCAAGGAUGGGGCAAGCCAGAGGCGCCAUACGGGGACUGCUUCUCUACGCAGAGGCCAUGGCUCUGCCGGCAGUUCUCCUCGGCUGCAGAAUUGCCGCGGUUUAUUUUUUUUAUAGCAUUAAAAAAUAGGUUGGCUGUGUUGUAAGCAGCACGAUUCUCUGUCGUCGGAGGAAAAUGAUUCACACUGGGCAGAGUUCUUUCCUCCCCACCUCUUUUCUUUGGGUGGCAGGAGCAGCACAAAAGUCCUGGGUUCAAAGUCCCAGGAUGAGACCUGCCUGAACUCCUGCAGAGCCAUAGCUGCCUGUCAGUGGGGGCAAUACUGACCAGCAGUCUGACUCGGCAAACGGGCGGCUGCUCAUGUUCCUAAGUUCACUCACAACCAUGAGGACUGGAAUCUUUAUUUUUAAAAGAAGGGCUCUAGUGGUCGAGUGCCUGCUUUGGAUGCAGAAGGUCCUGGGUUCAAUUCUAUGGGCAUCUCCCAGCAGGCCUGUCUGGAACCCUGGAGAGCUGCUGCUGCUGCCAGUCAGUGCAGGCAAUACUGAGCUAGAUGGGCCUGGCAAGAGGCUCAUGAUAUCCCCCCUCCUGCCUGGUUUCUGGGAUUUCUAGAGAAAAAAGGGGGUCUGCAGGAUUUCUUACAGAAACAGCUGCAUUCUCCAUUCUGUGCCCUUCUGGUCACCUUUUUCACAAAUGGAAAGCUAUGUAGAAUAAUGGAAUUGUAGGUUGGGAAGGACCCAAAGGUCGUCUCAUCCAGCUCCCAGCAGUGUAGGGAUCCUGCCCGCAGCCGUCUCUGGGUGGGCUCGAACCACUGACUCCCCUGGUGAACAGCCAGGCCUCUUGGUGAGAAGUGCUUUUAAGACACGAGGCUGGGAGGGAGAGGAGGAGUCUGAAAAGCUCUCUGCCUGGGGGCAGCCAGGUGGGACCCCAGCCUCCCAAAGGAGUGGGGGAACACUCCAAAUUGCAGCCUCGCUGGUCGGACAGGAGGGAUCGGCUGAAGCAGCGCUCUGUGUCCCUACUUCAUUCAUCUCACUCUGCUCACGUCCUCCCACUCCGUCCGAUGGAAGGCGCCCACAAAAGCUCCUGUAAUAAUAAUAAUAAUAAGUCUCUUCAGGUGCCGCAAGACUUCCACAGAGCCACAAAACGGACAUAUUAAAUGCACAGAAGCUUUUCAUUGAUUGGGCUUUGGGGAGAUAGAUUUUUAGCAUCACCUGGCAAAACACUCUUAAGAAGUGUUUUGAUUUUCUUUUGUGUGUGUGUCUCUUUUGAGUUGUGGGUGUGCGCGUUCGCAUGACCCAGCUGCUGUGUUAAUAAUAUUUGAAUGCAACGAUUUAGCUGCGAUUCCUGCAUCGCAGCGGGUUGGGCUAGAUGUCCUUUGGGGUCCCCUCCAAGUAGUUCUCCGAUUCAGUCACUGGGAAUCAAGUUCCGGAUGUGACACGGUAGACGUUAGGAUUCCUCCUUGGGGACACGGUAGCAAUGUCCACUGGAUCAGUUCCCCUCUUGCUUAGCUACCGGAAUCAGAUUUCCUAGGAACAUGCAACGCGAGCUGCCAGAGCGCUGAGUGGUCUGCAAUGCUGAAUUUGGACCAAGAGAAUUGGGUGAUUAUUCCAGGGAAAAUAAAAUAGGAUUUAUAAUAGUCAGGUCUUCCUUGUAGGAAUCGGAGGUGCCUAAAAGAGAUUACAGAUGAGUGGAGGUUUUAAAGGGCCACGUAUAAGAAAUGGGAGAAAGGGCAAACCACGAAGGAAGGGUAUAAGUGAGUAACCAACUCUUGCAGGGAGAAGGUCAGGCGGGCCAAGGCUCUGAAGGAGCUCAGGCUUGCAGGAGAGGUCAUAAAUUUAAAAGGUUUUCCCCACUGGCUUUAUUCAAAGCAAGAGGGAGAAUAAGCAAGGAGUAAGUCCCCUUUGGGGGUGGAAAAUGGAGAAUCGCUUUUGGAUGACAGGGAGAAGGCAGAGCUGCUUGGUCAUCUACGGCCAGUCUCCAGACGUGGCUGGGCUCCCAUCAGCCAGCAUGACCAAUGGUUAGGGAUGUGCAGCCCACAAAUAUCUAGAAGGCAUCACAGAUGCACCUCAUCCUUGGGCGAAAGGGGAAUUGUUUCAAAACCGUUUUGCGUUUCCACUUACAGAUUAUGGGGUGUGCUUUUUCCGGGUGGGACGGGAAAGGACUUUGAAAAAAAAGCAAACUUUCCCCGGAACAAAUGUUUGCUCUCCUGUAAAACUGUAAAAAUGAUAAAUCGCCCAGCAGUGGCACAAACAUCCCUCUCCAAACACUCGAAAGUAAACGAGUGAUCAAAAAUAAACGAGCUGGUGUUUUCUUUG